AUGGGCUGGGUGUAUAACCUCGACAAGCCCGAUCCACACAGCGAAAUCUCCCAGGUCAUUGCCGUAUUGCUGGUGUUCACGAUCGCGGCCCUCCUAGCGGUUGCCCUGCGGUUCUACAUCCGAAUCCACACAAAGAGAGCAUUAUGGCUGGAUGACUAUGCCGCGCUGUACAGUGCGAUCAUGACCGCUGGAUACUGUGCAUCUAGCAUACUUCAAACGCGAUGGGGUCUUGGCCUUCAUGCCGAGUAUUUUCCUACGGCCAACGUGAAGCAAUUCAGUAAGAUACAAUAUGCCGGCGGCCCGCUAUAUUCGAUGUCCCUGCUGGGGUUCAAGGUCUCGCUACUGGCGUCGUAUCUCCGCAUCGGCGGAUUCGUGAAGAUGUAUCGAACGAUCAUUAUCGUUGCGAUUGCCGCCGUAGUGGUCAAUCAAAUCAUCUUCACUUUCCUCUUUAUCUUCCCCUGCAAACCUAUCGCAAUGCAAUGGGAUUCUGAGCUUACCGGGACUUGCAUCAACACCCUCAAGUCAUACUAUGCUCUUGCAGGAACCAGUUUAGGGUUUGACCUCGUCAUCAUCGCCCUCCCUCUGCCAGUCCUCUGGAACCUACAGCUCGGAAAACGCCAAAAGGUCGCCCUCUGCUGCGUCUUCGCCAUCGGCUUCUUCGUCACAAUCAUCCAGAUAAUCCGCAUCUUCACCAUCGCGCGACUAAAGACCUACACGGACAGCAAACCGGUGAUUCUCUGGUCCAUCGUCGAGAUCAGCCUAGCAGUCCGUAAUAAUCGCCUGCGUCCCAACCUACGGCCCCUACUUCCGCGUCUUCGUCUCCACCAUCAGCUCCUACCGCCGCCGCCCCACAGGACAAGAUUACCCCCUCACGUCGGGGAACCGCCAAACGAGCCGGAAAACGGUCUCAGCACUCUGGGGCGAGACGAUGUCCCGGAGGGCAUGCGGCCGUACGAUAACAGCACGCCGCAUAGGACGAUGAUCUCGUCGUCGAAAGUGAGCGCGGAUAAUGACUCCGAGGAACAUAUCUUGGGAAACCCUCAGGGCAUGUUUGCCACCGUGGGCGACCAAGAGAGGGGCAUUCAUAAGGUUAUGGAGGUUACGGUUGAGAGGAAUUAA